UUUUCCUCAUAACUCAUACUCUCUUUUGUUCUCUCUAGCUAUAUUAAGUUGUUACUCUAUUUAUAUAUCAUUCAUAUAUCAUUUGAGAAGACUAAAAAAGAUGGCGCUUUUGGGGCUUCUCAGCUUGGUGGGGUUUCUUUCUCUGGCUUCACCUGUUUCUGCUUCUGGUUAUGGUUGGAUGAAUGCUCAUGCAACCUUCUAUGGUGGGGGUGAUGCCUCUGGCACUAUGGGUGGAGCAUGUGGAUAUGGGAACUUGUACAGCGAGGGCUAUGGAACAAACAGUGCUGCAUUGAGCACAGCUUUGUUCAACAAUGGUUUAAGCUGUGGGGCAUGUUUCGAGAUUAGGUGUGUUAAUGACAGAAAGUGGUGCCUUCCACACUCAGUUGUGGUAACUGCAACCAACUUCUGUCCCCCAAACAAUGCCCUUCCGAAUAAUGCAGGUGGAUGGUGCAACCCUCCCCUUCACCAUUUCGACCUUUCUCAACGUGUCUUCCAACAAAUUGCUCAAUACAAAGCUGGAAUAGUGCCUGUGGCUUACCGAAGGGUCCCUUGCCGAAAGAGGGGGGGCAUCAGAUUCACCAUCAACGGCCACUCGUACUUCAACCUAGUCCUAGUUACCAACGUUGGAGGUGCUGGUGAUGUUCAUGCUGUUUCCAUCAAAGGGUCAAGAACAAAUUGGCAACCAAUGACUAGAAACUGGGGUCAGAAUUGGCAAAGCAACACUUACCUCAAUGGACAAAGCCUCUCCUUUAAGGUUACCACUAGCGAUGGACGCACCGUGGUCUCUUUCAAUGUUGCACCCUCAACUUGGUCCUUUGGCCAAACCUUCUCUGGCCAUCAAUUCAUCUAAUUAAGGAACACAAAAAAACAACAUACACCCUUUACAUUAUUUAGUGGCUAAAGUUAUUGUAUUUGUUAUACUUAGUGGGAGUUUUCUUUAGUAGCAAUGUAUUAGAAAAGUGUCUUAGAUUAUACUGUGGUGGUAUAAUACGAGUGUUGGUAUAUAAUAGAAAAUUAAGUGAUAUGGUAUAGGAGUUGAGUGAUGGACUCAUGGAAGGGCUUGUUUUAGGAUGGUCCUUGUCUUUUGAAUUGUGUGUGUGAGGGGUUUUGAUUUGUUCUGCUCGGAAUUUGAAAAGGUAGAACAUAGUUUAGGUGGCAGGGGUGGAUGUUUAGGGUUUACCACCCGUUGUUGUGUGGUUCGUGUUGUGUCAUAUCCACAAAUGGAAAAGGAAAAGCGUGUUAUCCUGCUAGCUUAGCAAAAGAGAAUAGAAUAGGAAAAAAUAUGAAGCAUUUUUGCUUCUUUAGGAAGUUAUGGAUUGUGUUGAUUGAACUUUAUGUAGUUUAGUGAGUGUGAAAGUGAAUGUAUGACAUAAUGUAAGGAAUAAAAUUAUGCUCCUUGUGACUUCAAA